AUCUCUGUCUAUCAGAAGAUGGCCUGGUUUCCUCUUUAUGAGCCAGUGACCAAAAUCUUUUUUUUACAUCUGUGCUUGCAAACCACCCAGCCUCAAAGAAAGGAAAGAAAAUAUAUGUAACGCGAUCGACAGAAUAAAUACGAAGAUCGUUGGUUUGAGAUGUAAUUAAUUAGGCUACAUGCACAAUGACUGAUGUUACUAUUCAGAUAAGAUUGCAAAAUUACAAUUACUGUGGGUCAUUUAACACAUGUGAGAUUACUCAUGAAGUUGGAAAAAAGUUAUAGGCAGCGCACUGGUUUGGUACAAGGACAAACUCAGCGCCUCAGGAGGAGUUGGAGACAGAGGACCUUCGUUUCCAGUCUCUCGUUUCAUUUCUGCUCUCUCGCUACUCUCGGGAAAGGGGGUCUUUUAUGUUGCAGUCUACCUUUGGAUAAUGAAUAUGGUGUCCCCAACGACGCGACUAUUGAUUUUCUCCUGGUUAAUCUUCCCUCUUUAUGAAGCUGAGAAAAUGAGACAUAGAGGACUUCGUCAGAAGGAUGCGGAAUACAUCGAAAAAUGCACUGAGGACGACACAGGCAAACAGAACUGCACCAGGCAAUCAGAUGAAGCCCAAACUACCAACUAUAAAAUGCAGUAUUCCGGCUGCCUCCAAGGACCUGCAGGCACCCAAGGCAGAGACGGGAAUCCCGGCGCGAACGGCAUUCCCGGAACCCCAGGUAUACCCGGCCGUGACGGGUCGAAGGGUGAGAAGGGCGAGUGUGUGAGCGAAAUCUUUGAGGAGCCCUGGAGACCCAACUACAAGCAGUGCGCAUGGAAUUCCCUCAACUAUGGCAUUGACCUGGGCAAGAUCGCAGACUGCACGUUCACCAAGCUGCGGUCGGACAGCGCGGUGCGCGUGCUCUUCAGCGGCUCACUGCGGCUCAAGUGCAGGUCGGCCUGCUGCCAGCGCUGGUACUUCACCUUCAACGGGGCCGAGUGCGCCGGGCCGCUGCCCAUCGAGUCCAUCAUCUACCUGGACCAGGGCAGCCCCGAGUUCAACUCCACCAUCAACAUACACAGGACAACUGCAGUUGAAGGACUGUGCGAGGGCAUCCGUUCAGGCCUGGUAGAUGUCGCCAUAUGGGUGGGCACCUGCGGCGACUAUCCCCGUGGCGACGCCUCCACAGGAUGGAACUCCGUUUCCAGGGUGAUCAUCGAGGAACUACCCAAAUGACUCUUGCCACAUUUCAAUGUGAGAGACCAAACCUCAUAAGCACUAUGUGAUGUGAUGGAACUAGUCACUGCUAAACAAAGCUGACUGUUGGUCAAUUAUUAAACAUGUUAAUGGCGAAAACUGUCAUGACAACUGUGUAAUAUUUAAACAACGCUAUUUUUGUCAGGUUUACCCAAAUGUGAGUCAGAUGAGUCAGUGAUGACGUCUAAAGACAAUACACCUCUACUGUGAGAGUUCCUUAGUGCAUAAUUGGGCUAUGUUACUAUUCUUGACUUUUAUAUGCUUCUGUUAAUAAAAUCAUUUUUAUAAAGAGG